AUACAUACAUUUUCCAAAAUAUAUUAUCAGUGUAAAAUAGUUCUUUAGUAAAAUAGUAAAUCAAAAUUAUUAUUCAAUCGUUAUAAACUUAGAAAUUUAUCAAUCGACUUUUUCUCAUCAACAGUUGUGAAUAGAAUUGAGAUAUUCUGACAGUUCAAAUAUUGAAGUAAAUAUCAAUAAAUUUGAGUGAAAUGAAAAAUAACGUAUGAACAAAAUAUAUAAUAAGAGAGAGCAAUGAGGAAGUUUAAAAAAAUGUCAAGAAAUACUUUCAUCAUUAAACAGUUUGUGCUCUUAAGUUUAGUUGUUUGGUGUUCUAUUGUAAAGCCUAUAUUAGGAAAUGCCAUUGACGCUGCUGAGGAAACAACUACAAUAGAAUUUGAUUUAUCAUCAAGAGGAACAUUAAAGUUUGGAGAUAAAUGUGAAGUCACUAGGCAAUGUGGUUUUGCAGGUUCGAUUUGUUUCCAAAAUUAUUGCACUUGUAGCCCAGAACUAAUGUCUACGAAUCAUAUCGAUAAGUGUGGAAAAGCUGUUUCCGUAAAUGAAACAUGUUUUUUUAACGAACAAUGUGAGGACUCAACACCUAAAACUGAAUGCCGUGAUGGCCGAUGCAUAUGUCGUUUUGAAAAAAUUCCGAUUAUAAAAAAAGAUGGAACCAUCGAAUGUGUUGCAAUCAAAGCAGAUGAGUUAGAAACAACAAGCCAAGUCAAUCCGGCUAUGUAUUUAAUUCUGAUUGUAAUGGCACUUAUGUUCAUUAUUAUAUGUGUUGUCCUGCGUUUGUUCAGCAAAGCUCGUUGGAGAGAAAAUAGAACAAUUUUCAAUACUCCUAACCCAAGAUUAAUGAACGUAUCUUUACUGAGAGAAAACAAAUCACUACAUGGAGGAGAACGACGUGGUUCUAAAAUAUCAGUUCGAAUGCCUUCUAGGCAACAUAGUUUAACUUCUCUAAGACAACAUUCCCCAAGUAAUUCAAUAGGCUUAAGGCGUGGAUCCCAUAACAGCAGUAGCAGUUCUAAAGCAUCCAUACGAUCAAAUCACGGUAUAAAACAUUCUAAAACUCACGAGCACAUUUAUAAUGGACAUCAUGAUGUCAUGCAUCAUACAAAUCACAUGGUUUUGACUGAUCCUGCCCAACUUUUCACAGUUAAUCAACAGCAGCAUCAACAGCAUAAAUAUCAGAACUGA